UGCACGGGGCCAGCUGCAGUCCCGUGGUUCCCUGGUCCUUCCAGCCCACCGGUUUUCCCUUAGGAAAGGACUUGCCCUUUCUUCCUUUACUCUUCUUUCUCCCCUCUCCUCUCCAGGAUGGAGGGAGGGUUGAAGCCGGGGCCCCGGGCACAAGAAGAAGAGGGUCAGCGAAGUGACGAAUCCCGGGAUGGAAGAGAGGAACAAGUAGGGGUCGGAGGGCUGGGACGUCUGAGCCCCAGGAGGGUCUUGGAAUGCCCUUUUCUUCCCUUGGGGCAGAGAGAUAGGGAGGACGCCACUCCUCAGCCAGGAGCUCGGGAGGAUGAGAGAGCUCCAGGCCUGGCUUCUGGAGACCUGCCCCCCAGCCCUGUUUUCAAGCUCCCCUCGGGACCUCCUCCUGAAAGGCCCUUUCUUGUCUGGCCAGGCCAGCCAGCUGCCUGUGAAAUGAUGUUGGGGCUCCAGAGGCUGUGUGGAGCGGGCCAGGGGGAGGAGAAACUGGCUGGACUGGGUCUCAGGACAGCCCUCCCAGGGUCCAGGCCUUUUGGUUGUCUGCAGUGCGGACUGACUGUAGCUUGUCUCCCCGAUCUGAUUCACCACCAGGGUACCCACCCAGGGGAGAAGCCGUACAGGUGUCCUGAGUGUGGCAAAGAGUUCCGUAGGGGCUCAGACCUUGUGAAGCACCACCGUGUGCACACUGGGGAAAAGCCUUACCCCUGCCCAGACUGUGGCCGUUGCUUCAGCCUCAGCUCCAACCUGAUCCAGCACCGAAGAUCACACACGGGCCACCGGCCCCACAAAUGCCCUGACUGUGGUGAGGGCUUUGGCCGAAGCUCAGACUUAGUGAAGCACCAAAGGGUCCAUACCGGUGAGAAACCGUACACUUGCUCUGAGUGUGGCAAAAACUUCAGUGUCAGCUCCAACCUCAUCCAGCACCAGCGAACUCACACAGGAGAGAAGCCAUAUAAGUGUGCAGACUGUGGAAAGAGCUUCAGUCUGAGCUCUAACCUGCUGCAGCAUAGGAGGUCACAUACUGGGGAGAAGCCCUAUAAAUGUGCUUGGUGUGGGGACAGCUUUGGCCGAAGCUCCUAUCUGCUCAAACACCAGCGUUCUCACACAGGUGAGAAGCCCUAUAAUUGCUGUGAAUGUGGCAAGAGCUUCACUAACAGUUCUGACUGUCUGCGUCAUCAGCGGACCCACAAUGGUGAGAAGCCCUUCAAGUGCCCUGAUUGUGGUAAAGGCUUCAGUGAACGUUCCCAAUUUACCGAUCACCAGCGAAUCCACACAGGAGAGCGACCUUAUGCCUGUGCAGACUGUGGCAAGAGCUUCUACCACAGUUCUAAACUUAUCAAGCACCAGCGUUCUCACACGGGAGAAAAGCCCUACAAGUGUCCUGAAUGUGGCAAGAACUUUGUGGAUAGUUCAAACCUCCUGCGGCACCGACGGACCCACAUUGGGGAGAAGCCAUAUACUUGUAGUGUCUGUGGAAAGGGAUUCAGUCAGAGUUCACACCUGCUUAUCCACCAGGCAGCCCAUAGUGGUGAAAAGCCUUAUGUUUGUCUUGAGUGUGGGAAGGCUUUUGCCCGAAGUUCUAACCUGGUCCAGCACCAGAGGACCCAUCAGGCUUUCCUGCCACCAGACCUCAUCCCUGGACUUCUUCCUCUGGAGAUUUUCAAGUUCUAAGAUGCCUCCCCAUGAGAUAUGCAAAUGAGAAGGGGAUAAAGUACUCCAGAUGCAGGUGUCUCAUUUCGCAGAAGGACUGGGGGAAUCAUUCCUGUUUUGUAUCCUCUUCCACCAUCUAGUCAUCUGAAGUGGUGAUGUCUACAAUAACAACAAAGUUCUCAUUGAUGACACUGACCUACCUGUCACUUUUUUUGGCUCUCUGGUUUUUCUGUAAAUUGUUUCUGUUAACUUAGAUUUUACUAGCUGGCACUUUGGCAUUAUAUUAGAGCUGAAGGAAUCUUAAUAGAUUAUCUUGUCCAAGACCUUCAUUUUAUAAAUGAGGGAACUGAGGGCUAGAGAAGUUGUAUUAUGUCACAUACAAGCAGUGUGUGUUUCUGGUCUUACAAACAGUACGUACCAGAACCGGGAUUCAAACACGGAUCUUUUGACUCCAAGUCUGGGGCUUUUUGCCUUAAGUUAGUGGUCAUUCUACAGACCCAGGUGUGUAACUGUUCACAUACUCUUCUGGUUUAUUAAGGGGAAAAAGUUCAUAAGACAAGUCCUAGUGCCAGUACUGGAGAAUACCACUAUUCUGGAAUUCUUCCAGAGAAGUGUCCACUUAUCUUUAUCCUUUGUUUAAGCUCUAUGAAAGGUUAUGAAGUCCCAUGGGGACUUGCUCUGAUAAUUUUCUUUUGAAAAUUAAUAAAAGACUUUUUGAAAAGUAAAA